CGGAUGUGCGUGUGAUAAUAUGUGUCAACGCUCAAGAAUUUCUGUUUCUUUGUUUAUUUUAACUAGAUCUUAUUUUAGUAUUCUACUUCUUUGAACUUUUGUUUAUAUUAAGUGUUGUGGACGUCUACUGACUUAUGUUUUGUGUGGUUUAAAUUUCGUUACUAAUAUGGGUACGAGCACAAUGGGAAGCGAUUUGCAUUCUGAUAAGCAGGACAAAUUGCUCAAGCUGCAAGCUCGAAAGAAGGAAUUAGAGCAGCUCCUGGCAGCAAAAAACGAGGAGCUAUAUAAAUUAUGUGUUCAAGAAGUGCAGUUAACUGGCAUUAUGCCCCCAGAAGCGCCCCUAAGCCCCGAAGUGCCUCAAAGAGAAAGAUUAGGAAGUGUCAAAAGUGUUGAUAGGUCAACAGACGGUGCGGACGUACAAGAUGGGUCUGAUAACUCAUCAAGACGCCUCAGAGCCGCCACAGGAGACCGUUCGAUGGAGACAGACGCGAACUUGCGUAAAAAUCUAUCUCACAGAUUAUCUACACCAUCGAUAUCGGGUAUUUCAACUAAAAGCGCACAUUCAAGACAUGUUCGACGUCCAGAAACUAGUUGUUCUAACUUUUUUCCUUCACCUCCACAAGAGAGGAACACAGAUACAUUUUCAAUACAUACUUCUCAUACAUACCCAGCACUGGCUGGUCGACAUGAAGCAAUGAAUGAGAACCUUCAAAACGACAUGCAACCAGGCACUAUGUACAGACACCAUACCAUGACAACUGACUAUAUGAACAAGAUUUACUAUAACAAUACUCCAGAGGCUCAUAAUGUAUCUAAAUUACGAGAAACUCAUUUCAGUUCUAGCCAUCCCGAUAUAACUACACAUUAUACUCAUGGAAGUAUAGCACCACAACCAGUACAAAAUGGGAUGCGCAACACACCACUACUAUACCAGUAUGCAUCACAUUUGAAAGCCCAGAGUCAGCACUUGACAGGAUUAGCUCACCAGCAUCAGAUGCAGCAAUCUAAACGCCGCACAGAUGGUGCUCGGAGAAACACUUUACAGAGAACCCAGACUUACCAUUUAACCUCACACAGUGAAUAUAACCAGUUGCACUUAGAAAAUAUGAAGCAUGAACCACCAAUGCUUGUGUAUCAGCAACGAUCACAGCCUGAUAUUCAGGAACAGCACCAACUGCCCAUAGAAAGAACUGUAGUAGUGCCAAACACACUUCCUCUACGAGAACAUAAUGCUAUCAAACAUCCUAUGCACAUGCAGCUUCAAGUGUCCACUGAUGACUAUAUGAGAGAAGACAGACGACACUACCCAGACCAGUUGACCCCAGUUAGUACAAAAUCUUAUAAUUAUGAACCAAUGGGCAUGAAGUUCUCGCCACUGUCUCAGGCAGACAUGAAAGUUAAAGAGAAACAGUGGUAUGAGACUUCAUUGGACUCCCCAACGAAACCUGAAGCACCUCUUCUGAAAAAGAGCUCUAGCUUAAAGCGGACUUCAAGUGUUGGGAACUCGCAGGCUUAUGAAAUCAUGAUCUCCACUGGCCGACACUCUGCCAUGCAAAGUCCUAAUCAAAUUCCACAGAGUCCACCAGUUUUAUCUCCUGGAGCAGUUUCUUUAGAGUCUCCAAAGAACCUUACAGUGAUUGAACAAGGGAAAUGUAUACCAUACAGAGAAGAGACUAAACCUUUUGAAAUGUCUGAUUUUUACAAAUAUUCUACAAAGUUCAGACAAAAUAAUGUUCAAAAAAGUGCCCCAAAUAAUCCAGGGCCAAGUUUAAAUUCAGGGUAUAACAAGUUGCCUAUGGAGUUGCCACAAUAUGCUCAAGACCAUUGGCAUGGACAAACAAAUUGAAUAUUUUUCUAAAUAAUCUGUAAAUUGUAAUGUUAGUCUAAUAUCUAUUAACUUAUUUGACUGGAAUUGGUGUGAGAAUUUAUAAUAGUUUUAAAACUUAGCUCAUAAUAUGGUACUUAUAACUGUUAUCUUCAUAUUUAAAGUGGGAAAAUAAUGUCUGUUUGUUGGAAUUAAUCAUUAAUAUUGUGUGAAACACAAACAAAAAGCGAGGAAAAAUAAAAUAAACUAUAUAGAUCUAUUUUACUAGAUUAUUGUGAUGAAAUGACAAUGAUGAUGGAGCCAGAAUUUACAAUAUUGAUAAGAUUAUCGCUGUGAUAACAAUGUGCAAAUUGUUCAUUUGUAUUGUGACAAUAAAGACACUGCAUAAUAAAUCAUGUGGUGUUUUGACAUCUGAAUGUUAUGUUUGUAGAAAUAUGAGAAUCGUGACUAACUAUGAUCCUGAUCUCGUUUGAUUGCCGUUUGACUUAGUUAAAGUACAAGCCCAAGUAUUACCACUUGUUGCAAUUUGCCGUAAUUUUUAAGUAUUUUCAUUGCUUUGCCCACCGCUUCUAGGUUACAAACUCAAGUUUCAUUUAACAUGGCCGCUUUUGUGAUAAUAACUACUUAGGAAUAAUAAUUUCAAGACUCAAUUUUCUGUGUAAAUGUUAAAAAAGUAGAAUUUGAAAUUAAAACUUUGAAAAUUUUUGAUGUUGAUGUUGAUCAAUGCAUAAGAUAAUAAUUGUUAACUGUUUUUCUAUACACUUAAAGACUUAUUAACUUGCCAAGCAAUAUUUAGACUUAUUGCCAAUGUCUUCGUCCAGUAACAAAAACUAUUUGGUAGCUAAUUUCACUAAAACAUUUGUAAAUAUAAUUUAGUAUUUAGUAUAGUUUUUAGCAAGUCAACAGUGAGAGCACUGAACAUUUUAAAAAUAUUUUUAUAAAGUGCCUAUGCGAGCAUCUUGUGCAUAUAGCACACUCUAUGUAGAUCUUAAAUAAAAUAAAGUUUUAUAGCAAA